AUGUCCAAGAUUUAUGAAAUUGAGGAUCUGCAAGGUCCUCCUGGUGUCAUCCGAAAGAAGGGAGCCAUGACUGAGUGCCCAAUUGAUGGACAUAUAGGUGCGGCCUAUGUCCAUUGUCUAGAAGGAGAGGACCAUGUGGGGGAGGCAACUCAUAUGCUCAGCUAUUCUUGGAAUUAUUCGAUUGGAGACAUUGUGGACACCCUCACUGACUAUUGCCAACAAAAUCAGCUUGACCCCAAGAGGACAUAUAUCUGGAUAUGCUGCCUUUGUGUCAAUCAGCACAGGGUAGUGGAAAGCACUGCCACUGGAAAUUCCGGAUUGGUCGGUUCUUCUUCCCAGGUUGACUUCUUUGCCAUCUUUGGAGAGCGUGUCAAAAGGAUUGGUCAUGUGCUGGCAAUGAUGGCUCCAUGGAAAGCACCCAUCUACAUCACUCGAGUCUGGUGUAUUUUUGAGAUCUUUACAGCUCAUACCACAGAGGGAUGCAAGGUAGAUAUUGUCAUGCCACCCAAAGAGAAGAAAUCUUUGGAGAAGGAUGUAAUCACUAAGGGAAGAGGCAUUGAGGCUCUGUAUGAGACUUUGAGCAGAACCAAAGUGGAACAUGCCAAGGCAUCUGUCGAAAGUGACAGACUGGCUAUCCUGACGAAACUGGAGUCAGGCAUUGGUUAUUCAAUUCUGAAUAAUCAAGUGAACAAUCUGUUGCGUGGAUGGAUGCAUGGUGUCUUGACUCAGUUGGUUGAAGCGCACAAAGAAACAAAUGACAAGGCCUAUGUAGUCUUUUGCAACCGUAUAGGGGUCAUACUAUGGAAAAAUGGUCAAGACGAUGCAGCCAUGAAACUCCAUCAGGCAGCACUGACAAUUUGUGCGACUGUGUUGGGCCAGAAUCAUAGACUGACAGCAGCCACUUACAACAACAUUGGUGCUAUACUGACAUCCAAGGGUGACUAUGAAGGGGCUUUAUUGAAUUAUGGGGAUGCUCUUUUGAUUGAACAGUCAGUGUUGCAAAAAAAUCAUCUCUUUGUGGCAAGCACCCACAACAAUAUUGGUUAUGUUUUGUAUGAGAUGGGUGACUAUGAAGGUGCUUUGUCGCAGUACAUACGAGCACUUUCGAUUAGAUUGUCAGUACUGAGGAAGAAUCACCCUGCCGUGGCAAGCAGCUACAACAACAUUGGACUUGUAAUGAUGAAGUUGGGCAACUAUGGUGGAGCCCUGUCAAAAUGUACGGAAGCUCUUGCAAUACAAGUGGCAGCAGGGGGCAAGCACCAUCCUGUGGUGGCAACAUUCCAUGACAAUAUUGGGGCUGUUCUGCAAGAGAUGGGUGACUAUGAAGGUGCUUUGUCCAAGUACAAGGAAGCCCUUGCCAUUAAAUUGUCAUUAUUGGGUUGGAAUCAUCCUGAUGUGGCAACUACCUACAACAGUAUUGGUGGAGUGCUACUGGCCAUGGGUGACAUCGAUGGUUCUUUGGAAAAUUUCAAGAAAGCCUUUGCCAUUUUUUCAUCAUUAUUGGGCAAAAAUCAUCCUCAUGUGGCAAUCACCUAUCACAACAUUGGUUCUGCUCUGAAAGAAAAGGGUGACUACGAUGGUGCUUUGUCCAAGUACAAGGAAGCCCUUGUCAUUGACUUGUCAGUACAUGGCAAGAAUCAUCCUAGUGCAACCACUACAACAAUAUUGGUCUAG